GUUCGCCAUAUAUCGUGUCUUGUGCGCAUGCGCAACCUCUACAGAAGCACUGUCGAGGUCGAAUUGUAGGAUUUUUCUAGUCUUGAUUAAAACAAAGCAAAAUGCCUAAAGACUUUGAUAAAGACGCUUAUCCGGAGCCUCCUCGACAGACUCCGGUUAUGGAGAGACAGUCAUCACUGCCAGACCCAGGACUAAUUAUGUCCAAAAUCUUGUAUUACUCCGUGGACGUGCCUGUCACCAAAUUUAGAGAUGUUGUGGAGAGCUGUCGGAUGAAAAACCGGUCCGUGUACUACCACCAGAAGUUCCGCCGUGUUCCUGACCUGACGGAGUGCCAGGAAGGAGAUUAUACCUGCUACUAUGAGGCAGAGAUGCAGUGGAAGAGAGACUAUAAAGUGGACCAGGAGAUCGUGAAGGUGAUCCAGGAGCGAAUGAGGGCCUGUCAACAGAGAGAGGGAGCCAGCUACGAGCAGAACUGUGCCAGAGAAAUACAGCAGUUCAACGAGGUGACCAGGAACUACAUGUCUCGCUAUGGAGACCUGGGAGGGUACGCCACUGCAAGGAAAUGUCUCAUGAAGCAAAAAGAACGGAUGAUGGCAGCUCAGGCCCAAAGUGUUUAAGAACAGUUCUCUACCCCCUCGUGUGUAAUAAUUGUACAAUAAAACUUGUGAUAAACAUA